CUAUCGAAUGUAUAUUUAUGCAACAUUGUGUUUCUUACUAUACCCAGUCCUUUAUAUAAUGUUCUUUCACAUUUUGUUAAUCAUAAUAAACUAUGCAUCGAAAAUACUACGUUAGCAAUGGUCUUACAAAUUACCAAAUAUUUAGUGAUGGUGUGAAUGUUUACAGAUAAAUAUCUGGACAUGCUAAUAACAAUCCUGCUGUUGGCAUGGAAAUAUGCAUCAGUGUACAGUGAAGACGCCAGGCGGCAUAACGCCGCACAGGAUCCAAUUAUAUAUCUUAAAAAUCCUAUAGAAGCAGAAGUACCGAGCCAUUGGCUUCCACUUGGAAUAUUAAGACAAAUUAUGAUUAAACGUGCAGAAGAUAAUGGCAGCCGAACGAAAAUUAAGGCUACUACUGAGAAUUUUAUUUACAGCAGCAGAGAGCGGCUAGCUUUUACUGGACACAGUAUAAUUCCUAAGACUUUGCCAUCUUACCUGAAGAAAAAAACUGAGACGACAACCACUCGAAAUAUUAAGAAUCCUUUACCUGUGCAUACUCGAAGUACAAAAACGACUAAAAAUAUUGUUUACAGUACAGGGGUAGAUACUCAUGUUAACAGUAAAAUUAUUUUACACCAUAAAAUUAAGCAUAAGCACCAUGUAACUUCUACCUUGACUUCCAUUGAUCUUAAUAGAAACUUUACUAAUAACAAUACAUCCAAGUCAACUGCUGUACCCUCUACCGAAGAUACUAUAAAUCCCACUAAUAAUUUAAUUAAAAUAACACAUACGUCCACUACAGCUCAAAUAUAUGCGAUUCAAACUACUAAAGCUAAUAUCAUAAUUGCUACCAAAACAACUGCUACGACACCUUCAACAACUGCCACUUCUGCCAGUACUUCAAAUGUCAAACCUACUAAAACAAUUGCCGCUAUUACCACAAAAACUACUAUCAAACCCACGACAAAAACAACUACUACUCCUAUCACUACAACCACUACCAAACCUACAACUAAAAUAUCUACUACUCCUAUCACUACAACAACUACCAAACCCACAACUACGACAACUACUACUACAACUACCAAACCGACAACUUCGACAACUACAACUACUAAACCCACAACUACGACAACUACUACAACAACUACCAAACCUACAACUACGACAACUACCAAACCCAUAACUACAACAACUACCAAAUCCACAACUACGACCACUACCAAACCCACAACUACUACAACUACCAAACCGAUAACUACAACUACUAAACCCCCAACUACUACAACUACUAAACCCCCAACUACUACAACUACCAAACCCACAACUACAACCACUACCAAACCCACAACUACAACAACUACCAAACCCACAACUACUACAACUACGACUACAACUACCAAACCGACAACUACGACGACUACAACUACCAAACCCACAACUACGACGACUACAACUACUAAACCCACAACUACGACAACUACCAAACCCACACCUACGACAACUACCACUACAACUACUACACCCACAACUACGACAACUACCACUACGACUACUAAACCCUCAACUAUGACAGCUGCCACUACAACUACCAAACCUCCAACUACGACAACUACCGUUCCAACUACUAAACCCACAACUACGACUACUACAAUAAAAGUUCUUACUACAACAAAAAGGAAAAGGCAAAGGACUCACCGACGGAAAACUCCUAAGACGGCGAGUAUUCCUUAUUAUUAGUCUUUUCAACAUCUCGGGACCAUGGAGUUCCGGACUAGGAGGCGUGCGUGGGACCGAUAACCGCGCAGAUGCCCUUUAAAACAAAAUCUAAACCAAGUAAUGUCAAACUAACCGACGAUUAUCAUUAUAUAUAGUGCACCCAAUGAUACCCGGUGGAUGUGGGAUUGGGUUGAGAUACUAAUGUACUUAUAUCAAAUAGGUUAUUUUUUAUUCAUAAUACUUAUGUAAGUUAUUUGUGGAAUAAACCAAAAUUUAAAA